UUGGAGAAAAGAAAGAGAGAGACGAGAAAUCACAAAACAAAACCACAGAGAGAUGAAGAAAGCAGGGGCAGCAGAGAAAAAAAGGGUGCGAAGAUCAUCAGCAGCCUCUCAAAACAGCACCAGAGAUCCCAGCAACGAUACCCCACCUAGGAAACAAGCUGCCAAGAAGGAUGUUUACCAGUUGUUUGCUGAGAAGGUGAGAGACCAUAAAGAGUUGGAAUCUAGGUGGGCUGUAUUGCAGGAAACUCGAGUAGAAUAUUUUAGAGGUAAGGAUUUUGUAAGCUUUUUGAGAAAUCAUCCAGAGCUUAAAGAAAUACUAGAAUCAGACAAGAAUCUAGAAACUGAAGAUAUUGCCAAUGCUCUAUUAAGAAAGAAUCUCUUGGUGCGCUGUGAUCGUGUGGUGAAAACUUUACGUCCUGGGAAAAAGAAGUUGUCUACCUGGCCAGCACAUUUAGAGAUCUUCCCUGAGCAAAUAUUUUCUGAUAAUGAUGCCUUUUUUGCGUGGACAUUUGUGAAACGGCGGCCUUUGUGGCAAACGCUUCUCUCAUUUUGCUGGCCCGUCCUGACCCUUGCAAUUUGCUUGUUUCCUGUUUAUCCACAUCGGUGCAAGCUAUUAAUACUUUAUUCUUGUGCGGGGGUCUUGCUAGUUAUUCUCUCUUUACUCCUGGUGAGGGCUGCAAUAUUUGGUGCUAUAUGGGUUAUUCUUGGAAAGCGUGUUUGGAUUUUCCCUAACAUUCUAGCUGAGGAAGCAACAUUAGGGGAAUUAUUCCGGUUCUGGCCCAAGAAAGAUGAAGAGGAACGGCCUAAGUGGACAGCAAGACUUUUCUUUGCUGUAGUAGCUGUACUGGUAAUAUUAUUGCUAAGGCACCAUGCCCCUGACGAAGCUGCUAGAGCCAGGUAUCAUAAGCGGAUGUCAAACAUAAUUGAUGAUGUUCUUGAGUGGAAUCCAAGGUUGGCCCUGUCUGGGAUGAUGGAGAAGCAGCCAGAUGUGGCUAAUGCCACAGAACCGGACAGAAAUUUUUCAGACACAAGCCAAACAAGCUCAGAGAAGACUACCGCUUCUGAUAGAAUUGCAGAAACCAUUUUAGAGCAACAUGAGAAUGAAGAAACUGGAAACACACAAGACAAUCAUCAACAUCAACAGCAACAUCACGACAAUAUAUGAUAAAUACCUGCUACGUGUAGCACACAGAGAGCAUUGUUGUCUCUCUCUUUUUUUUUUUUUUUUUUUUUUUUUUAAUUUUGCGAGUUUUUUGGCUUAAUUUUGAGUGUAAUACUAUAAAGCAUGACAAUAAAGCAGUUGAGUUUCUAAACUGUGCCUUUUUGACAGAUUU